CUCAGCUGUUAAAACCGCUCUCCUUGCUCUUCAGAACCCCUUCCUCGAGCCUCCUUAGAAGCCCUUACCAGCAUCCGUCCCUCAAAGGCUGUGGCCAGGACCCCACGGGCUGUGGACCAUGUACACCCGCAGUAAGGUGGUGGGCCCAGGCUUGGACACUUCCUCCAUCUCUCGGGACCACGGUGGAGCUGGGCAGCGCAGGGAGCUGGGCUUGCAGCAAAACCGGAGACAGAGUUUGGAGGUGGCAGCUCCCAAGGGCCCCAAGAUGGAGAGGCAGGGGCAUGCUGAUCAGGGAAGCGCAGGCACAUACACCCUGAUAGCACCGAACGAGAGCAGAAGGCAGAAGAUACAGAGAAUUGCUGAGCAAGAACUGGCAGACCUGGAGAGAUGGAAGCAACAGAACAGGGCAAAACCAGUCUGCUUGGUGCCACAACGGCUGGGUGGAAGCCAGUCUGAGGCUGAAGUCAGACAGAAACAACAGCUGCAACAGAUGCGUUCUAAAUACCAGCAAAAGCUCAAGAGGGAUGAAUCUAUUCGAAUCAGGAAGGAAGCUGAGGAAGCCCAGCUCCAAAAAAUGAAAGCAAUCCAGAGGGAGAAGAGUAAUAAACUAGAGGAGAAAAAGCAACUUCAAGAAGACAUCAGAAGAGCCACAUUUCGAGAACAUCAUCAGUUCAAAACGGCUGAGCUCUUGAGCAGACUGGACACAGAGCGGAGAAACAGAAGUGCCUGGCCGAUUGCUCCUCCUGCCACCCAGUCCUCGAGAUGGAAACUUCCAGUCCUGCUUAGAGAUCCCAGCUGGGCCGGCAGCCAAGCACACAGGGAUUCUCCGCAGAAGGAAGACAGCCCCAGACUGCAAAAGACGAGGGAUGGACAUCAGAAGAAUAAAUUACUGGAAACUAAAGGACAGCACCAGGAGGAAGAAAGAGCCCAAAUCCAUCAAGCUGAACACUGGAGGUAUAACUAGCUAAUAAUGGAUCGACUCCAAGGCAAAAGUCAACCAGGUGGCCUCGAGCAGUCUGGAGGCUGUUGCAAUAUGAAUAGCACUGACAGCUGGGGUAUAUGAGAAAUCGUCACUUCUAUCUGGCCUUCAUCAGCUGACCUUUGAAAACCCUCAUGAGAUGUGUUUCCUUAAUGCGGUUCUAUUUGGCAUCUGUCUUAAUUCCUUAAUUUCAACUGCCCACCCACUCAACCAAGCUGUUGUG